AUUUGUAAUACUGUAGUGAUAUAUACAGUACACCUGUAAUAUUUCUGUUUGUCCCACACUUUUGCUCCGCCCCCCAACAUAAUGCACCAAUCAGAAUGAUCUAUUGACAUGUUUCGCCUCAUUUGAUUGGUGCUUGCAUCUGUCAAGAGUUCCGACUCGAGGUUACGUGACGGCUAUGAGGCGUAAUGUCACUAAAGUCGGAAUUGUAGCUAGUUUAUCGAAUUAUAACGAGUAAAGUCGGACAUGAUCAUCAACUGUUGUUUUCAAUUUCCACAAUUUAUGAUUCAACAGUAUAACUCAUCCUAUUUUUAAUUACUCGUCUCAAUUCUGAGUAAGAAAAGCAAAAUCAAGUGUCACUAAGUAAUUACUGUCCGGCAUAUCCCUUAUGGACGAGUUGUUGUCGUGUUUCUAUGUAUAAAAUGUGGGGCACUCUUUCGUAUUUAAUGUUUGUGUCGUGAACCGCACGUUUGUUCUUUGUUACGAGAGCAAGGGGAGUCGUCGUUAAUCCGAGACAACUGGACUGCAUCGAAAAAAAAAAAGUUGGGCUGUCGCCAUAGUAACUGGCGUACGACCAGUGGGGCAGUAUCAAUUGUCGGAUUGCUUGGAGUAUUAAAGCUUUUGCUAUACAUUGCUUUGCUGAAGAACACGGACUGUAACUGCAUGUUUUUUAAUUUUUUUUAAAUUAUUAUUACAAUGGUAUCACGGAAAAUAUUGCUGCUACUUUGACCAAGUUGUCGUUCACUUGCUCGAGGAAAGGGCAAAACGAAGCGAAGCUAGCUGGAUGAAGCACGGCUAUGUCCAGCAAAAACCUCCCGCCGGUACGCCACCUGCCACAGUGGAGCCGAGUCGGGCGUCUCGGAGUGCCGUGCUCGCCUCGACGUUUACAGGCGAACCGCCUGCAGCCGCUGCCUGUCCUCCCCGCGGGGGACCGAGGGGGCCAGAGGGCGAAGACGGGCUCGGUUCCUGUCGACGCUGACGCCCGCGUCGCAUCACUGCAGAGGAACAUCGAGUUUCUGCAAUACCAACACCAAGAAACGCUGCACAAACUUCACCAAGAAGUGGAUAUUCUCAGAAGGGAGAAUAAAGAGUUGAAGUAUAAGAUGAUUAUGGAGUCUCCAAAGCCAAGUAGGAAAGUUCUGAAACAUAGCCAAGUGGGUGUUGGACCUGUCGUUCGGGGGAGAGAACCCACACAGAACCAAAUGCUAAGCAUGGGAGACUGUGUUGACAUUCAUGGACCCUACAGAGCAAAUCGAAGGUCGGGGCAGUUAGCCACCUCGCUGCAGCCUCUCCACAUCCACAACGGUCUGUCUCACCCACCACGUGCGUCCACGUUGAGGGAAUGCGAGCUCAUCAUCCGCCAGCUGUACAAUACCAACAGUUUACAGUCUCAGGAAAUUGUGCGCUACAAGGAAUUGCUGAGAGAUAUUGUGCUCCACAAGAGGAUCACCCCAGAAAACUACAAUCUGACCAAAGCCUACCUUGUGGAUGAUAUCUGCAAAUCCUCUGACAACACGUUUCCUAAUCUGGACCUGCAAACAGGAAAAACGACCGGCGUGACCCUGCCCGCGCUCACGCAGAGCCUCAGCUCCUCCGUGGCGGAGCGCCCGCGAAGGAGUCGUGCUGUGCACAGAGGCCAUGUCAAAACGACAGUACGUCACAGAUGAUGAAAUACAAUCUGGAAGGUGUUUCCAGUCGCAGACUGAUGGAGGUAUUUCAGUGUUACGUGUUGGGGAUGUCCCAAAGGAUUGGUACCGUGAACAAAGUUCUUGGUACGUCACCAAGUGAAUGAAUUAGGGAUCGGGCUGGCCAGAUCAGUGCUAGUUUUAUACUUUGUUGACACUUAGUUGUCUUUGGAUAAACUAACAUGAACCCCAGACCUUGGGCCACCCAGACCCAGUGGGUCAAUAAUGUUCUUCUGGAUGAAUGGACAAAAAAUAAAAAUAAAAAUCCCAGAUCCACUCCAAAAUGUUGGAGAACAUCUUCCCAGUAGAGUGCAGCCACCUGUGGUCUUUUCUUCCAUUUUCACUCCAUGUCAGUCGUCCAAAUACUGUUGUCUUCAAAGCGCGCUUUCCAUUUUCAACACGAGUACCAUCCCAAAUCUAAAAAUUCAUUGCAGAUGUUGUAAAGCAUGUUUUUAUUAAAGUUGGUCUUGCUUGAUUUUCA